AUGGCCCCAAAGAGGAAGCGUCAGGCUAGGCUACAUUUCGAGCCAACUGGUGCCGAAAGCUCGCCAGACCAGCGCUUCUCACCCGCCAAAGUGAGGUUUUCUCAAUCCUCGCAAAUCCGAUCCUCGCCUUCACUGCCCAAGUCUGCGAGCCGACCCUUAGCACCCCAGAAAACACAGAAGACACUUCAGGAUUCGCUAGUGCAGAUGCCUCCCGUGCGCAAACAUAGUGGAGGUAGUUCUUCAGCGAGCCGGCCUGCCAUACCAUCCUUCUUGCCGAGGUCCCAGAGAGCUGCUGUGGAUAUUGACUCGUCAGAUGAAGAAGUUGCCGAUGAAGGCACGAUCCAGCGUGGUGAAGGAAGUGACGAUGGUGAUGUUGACCUGCUACCGAUCGCGUCCCUAGCCCCACCUCCAACUUCAUCUCAGUCUGUUUCCACGCGCCUGAGGCACACCGUGAUUUCAGACGGCGAAGAUGAGAACGGCAACGAGGACGAGGAUGACCUACCCAUCGCGCCCAGCUCGUCAAGACGUCGCCAGCAACCAGCUCCGAGUGACGAUGAAGAUGAUAUUCCUAUAGCGCCAAGUUCCUCUAGGCGACGCCGAACUCAGGCCGUUGAUGAAGACGAGGAUGAGGAUGAACUACCGAUCGCACCUAGCUCGUCUAGACGACGGCGAACAGAAAUCGUUGAGCUAGAUUCGGAUUCGGAUUCGGAUCUAGAUGUGUCACCCGCCAAGAAGAGGAAGGUGACUCACCGACGCUCAACUUCGUCGCCUGCCGAACCCGCGGCUCAAAGAUUGGUUCGCAGAGGCCAGCCGCCCUCGUCACCGACUAAACCUGUCAAGGGCCAUCGUACGCAAAAGCAGAAGAACAUGGAACUUCUGCGCCGUCGUCGUGCAGGAGAGAAAAUCGACAGAUUGACAUCGUCCGAAUCGGAAGGAGAGGACGAUAAGAGAGGCCUUUAUGAUUCCGAUAGCAAUGAUGAUUUGCAAGCGCUCGAGGAAUUUCCCGACGAAGAGGAGGAAGAUGAGGUCGUUGAAGAGGACGCACCUACACGCAAGUCGAAGAAGAAGAAAUCUUCACCCAAGAAAGCCCCAAAACAGAAGGAUGCAGCCGACAACAGCGACGAUGAUCUCGAAGACUUCGUAGUUGAAGACGAUGAAGGACUCCUAGGCGCGCCGGCCAACCUCGAUAUACCGUUGGAGUUCACGGCGCAAGCCCACAAACCACUGAAGGAGCAGUUCCCGUACGUCGUCGAGUGGUUAGUCCACAACAGGAUCAAUCCGGCCUUUGAUCGCAGAGACGCCAUUUACACCAAUGCCUGGCGCAAGCUUGACGAUGAAGUCCGCGGCCUCGCGACCUCGAAAUUUACAUCUAGUGCAUGGAAAGUGGAGUUCUACCGGACGCUCAAGGCCCGGCCUAAGCUUGAGGCAUACGAAAUGGACCGAGGCUCUGGGGAUAUUUACGACACGUGUGAAGCGUGCGGCCGUAGCGGACACCCUGCCACCUGGAAGAUCAUCUUUCAAGGGCAGCCCUAUUACAAGGACACGCUGGAGGAGGUUGAAUCUGACUCGGACGAUUCGGAUGCUUCGUCCGGUAACGAGUCUGUCGACACCCAAGGCAACCCGCUACCUGCGGAAUCCAAGGAGUGGGCGGUCGGGUCUGUCUGCUGCAGCAACGCCGAGACGGCGCACAGUCUGAUGCAUUGGAAGGCCGCUCUCAAGGAGUGGGUCGAGGACAGGCUGCAGAGCGACGGACACAUGACGGCUAAGAAGAUUGAGAAGCGCGACAAGAUGAAGGCCAAGAAGAGACGAGCCGCUGCUUACGAGAUCGUGGACCAAUGGACCUCUGACAGGAUCAUCGAUCAGCUGUACAGCGAGUUCAAGGGCGUGUUAAAGAACGCGCGUGAUAAGAGCACCACAGGAGGACGCGGACAGCGAUGGAGAUGA